AUGCAGGCCCCGACAAGGGCAACAUCAACAGCAGCCCGCUGCCGAUGGCGUCGACAGCCGCAGAGCUACCACACGCACCAAGCACCGCUAAACAACAACAACAACAUCAGGAGAAAGAAACCCCCACGCCGGCGUAGCAGUAGUUCCGCGUUCUCCACCUCCCUGUCCCUGGUACUACUUUUAGCGGUCUGCUGCUGGUGCGGGCGAGCGGCGGCGGCGGCGGCUCCAGGAAGCCCGCUAACGCUGCGCGUUCGCAUGCCGGACGGCGCCGUCAAGCGCGUGAAAGCGACGGGCGCGGACACGAUCGACGGCAUACUGGGCAAGUUGGGGAUGGAGAAGGGCGACGGGGGCAGCGGGGAGGGGUUGAGCACGGACGCCUCUGCAGGGAGUUCCACGGCGGACGGUGCGACGUCGGUGGCGGCCCUGGGUCUAGGGAACGGGGACUUCUUGUACGUCAAGAGCGAUUCGGCCGCGCGGGCCGCGGCGAAGGCGAAGUCGGACGCCUUGGGGAGGAUGAAGGCGGCGGUCGUCGGAGACAAGACCGGCGGGAGCAAGUUCGUGCCGUUUCCCCAGCACGCCAGGCCGCCGCCGCCACGAGCGACGAAGCGCGUCAAGACCUGGCAGGACAUCGAGGCCAUGCAGGCGCAGACCUUCUCCCUCAAGCCUCAGAAGGACUCGAACGUCAAGAAGAUCAGCGUGGAGCAGUCCGCCAUGGACGACUUCGUUGGAUAUCUCAAGCAGACGGGUCUGCGGAAGCACCGGUGCGCCCUGCUGUUCGGGCGCGUCAGCCCAAGCACCAACGGCGUCAAGAGGGAGCACUUCAUGGCGGCCGCGGACGUGGCGACGGCGGCCGCCCUGCAGCUCAUGUCGAUGGCGGACAAGGGCAAGGAGGAAGGCGUUCUCGUGGCCACGGUGACGGUCCCAGUCAACGCGACAACUGGAGAGAUGGCGACGGAAGCUUUCAGCGUCAGCAACCAGACCGUGCAGAUGUUCAGCGAGGGGGUGCUUGGGCACCACCAGCCCGAACCAACCGCGGGCAGGGUAGCAACUACGGCGGCGGUAAAGGAGGGAAGCAAGGAGACAACGACACCGGAGACGCUCGGACUGAUCUGUAACGUGGCUAUCGUUCAGCACGAGGGGGUGUUGCAGACGAGAUUCCCCUCGGCGAAUCGAUCGAAGGCAGCGUCCCUUUCUGACCUCAAGGAGUGCCUCUUCGGGAAGAUUGGAUCCAAGGCUGCAGCAAAGAACCAGAAGAAGCAAAAGCAGCCGUCCUUUUUGAAGCGUCUGUCGGACUUUCAGCUCCUGUUGUUUUUGUCUCGUCAGAUGGGGUUCUCGAGAGAUUUCGAAGAGCUGUGCUCCGUGGUGCAGAAGCGAGACGGAAAGAGCCCCGCCCUGGACAAGCUCAAGGUCGUCCUGGAAAAUCUCUGCGACGCAUGAUUGUAUGUAGAUACCGCCCGGGCAGCUACACUCGGACGGGUGGCGCUUCGCGACAAAGGGGGCGGGCGGUACUCGAGGGCAGAGUAGCAUCGGCGGCUGCGGGUGCUUGAGGCGGCUGUAAGCGGGGCGGUGCGGACUUUGCGGGUGCGUUUGGGUUAUCGGAACCAGCUCUGGAGCUUCCGCACUUUGUGUGUGUCGUGCGCUGCUGCAGUGGGUGUUUCGGUGCAUGGUUGACAAGGAAGGAUGCGCUCUGUUCGGUCGCGGGGACAGAGGAGUUGGCUGCUACUGCAAUACAUACCUACCAGGAUGUUUGCCGUGUGCGGGCUGACUGGCGUGUUGCGAUAUCCGGCGCGUUGCUGCGACACAGACGUUGUGUAGAGAAGCUGUGUUGGGUAUGCAUGCGAGCGGGUGGGGGAGCAG